GGUGGAGAACGGCGCGAGGAGGGGCGCCGGCGGGGAUGCGCACGGCUGGUACCCAGGGCAUCCUGCCUUGUCGGGGAAAGGAUGCGAAGCGGACUCUGACAGCGCGAUUGUGCAUCUCCCAGAAGAUGCCAAAGGCUGGGGACCGGCUGCCUGGAUGGAGGGGAGGGAUCCGGGGACCGCCCACUCCCCAACCCCCAGCCCAUGCGCUACUACCCAGCCUGGGCUCUCCACGGGUCAAAUAAAGGGUAGUUCCUCUCUGCCGGGCGGGAGGGCGUGCGGGAGAAGCCGGGAGACCAACCCUGGGAGCGCGCUGGUACCCCAAACCGCUAGCCAGCCCCGCACCGGUUCUUUGUGUAGACAGCGGCUGGGUUUGCCAGGGCGCCUGCUUCUCCCAGAGAGCGCUGGUCAGAGCGCCAGGGCAGGGUUCCCAUAUGGUGUUUGUCUUUGGGCAGGUGUGGACUGGAAGAUGCAAUAGCUGAGCCUGUGUGGGGCUGUGUUUCUCUUUGUUAUUUGCCUUGGUGUGCCUGCGCGCGUGGUGGGUUGUAAUGGAGACAGACAACUUCUUCUGUGGGCACCAGUGCGGGCAGAGUGAGGAAGAGGAUCUCGGUUCCAAACUCUUGUGAAAAUUGUAUGCCGUGUCAGCUUCCUGGAGGGUGAACUUGAAAAGUCUGGGGACCCUCUGUGCCCAGUUUGGAGGAGAAGUGUUCGCUCUUCCUCAAACCAUGUGUGUGUGUGCUCCGGAGCUUUUAGCACGAGAUGUGAGUUAAUUCGUCAGCAUCAGAUGCUAAUUAUUUGAAGCAUCAGCGCCAAGGCCAGAGUCAUGAAGAAAAAGAGAAAUUGACACAAAGCCAGUAAAGUGUCAUCCUUAAUAGCUGAUGACAGCUUGGAAAGCGGGAUAUACUUUUGGGGCAAUCAGGAAACGUGACAUUCCACAGGGUUCUACCAAAACCCAGCCAGAGUCUUAGGUACCUCACAGGAUCUCUCCGCCCGUGCUUUGCUCUUCCCGGGUUGAGUGGCGUGCACUCUGUCUUACCUGAGUCCCGAUGGACCCGAUGCUCUCCAGGAGCUCCGUCUACAGUAGGAAUCUUUCACAGUGGCACUGGCAGAACAGCUCCACCACGCAUAUUUGUACAUCAGUUCUGUUCAGCAGCACAACUCACUGCGUUGGGGUGCAAAGAAAUAUACUGUGGAGAAAUGCUUCCACUCCUUGCCAAAAUGAUCUCUGAGGAAAAAUGAAGAAAACUGGAGAACUCCAACAAAAAGUUGCAGACCAUAAAUAGCCACACUCCUCUGGAGUCUUUAAUUCAUCCACAGCCAUCGAAAAAAGGUUUUGGCAUCAUGUUUGGGAAGAAAAAGAAAAAGAUUGAAAUAUCUGGCCCGUCCAACUUUGAGCACAGAGUUCAUACUGGGUUUGAUCCACAAGAACAGAAAUUUACCGGCCUUCCACAGCAAUGGCACAGCCUGUUAGCAGAUACUGCCAACAGACCGAAGCCCAUGGUGGACCCUUCCUGUAUCACCCCCAUACAGCUGGCGCCCAUGAAGACAAUCGUCAGAGGAAACAAACCCUGCAAGGAAACCUCCAUCAACGGCCUGCUGGAGGAUUUCGACAAUAUCUCGGUGACUCGCUCUAAUUCGCUAAGGAAAGAAAGCCCUCCUACCCCGGAUCAGGGAGCCUCUAGCCAUGGUCAGGGCCAUUCGGAAGAAAACGGCUUCAUCACCUUCUCACAGUACUCCAGCGAAUCCGAUACCACUGUAGACUACGUGACCGAAAAGUACAGAGAAAAGAGUCUCUACGGAGACGAGUUGGAUCCGUACUACAAAGGCAGCCAUGUGACCAAGCAAAACGGACACAUGAUGAGGAUGAAGCACGGGGAGGCCUACUAUUCCGAGAUGAAACCUGUGAAAGGUGAUAUUGCCAGAUUUCCUGUCGAUUAUCACGCUCAUUUGGACUCGCUGAGCAAACCAAGCGACUAUGGUGAUCUCAAGUGGGAGUACCAGCGAGCCUCAAGCAGCUCCCCUCUGGAUUACCCUUUCCAGUUCACGCCUUCUAGAACUGCGGGGACCAGCAGGUGCUCCAAGGAGAGUCUGGCCUAUAGCGAAAGUGAGUGGGCACCGAGCCUGGAGGACUACGACAGGAGGCCGAAGUCGUCCUACAUGAACCAGACGAGUCCUCAGCCGGCCAUGCGGCAGAGGUCCCGGUCAGGUUCAGGGCUCCAGGAACCCAUGAUGCCCUUCGGAGCAAGUGCAUUUAAAACCCAUCCCCAAGGACACUCGUACAACUCCUACACCUACCCUCGCUUGUCGGAGCCCACCAUGUGCUUUCCAAAGGUGGACUAUGAUCGAGCACAGAUGGUCCUCAGCCCACCACUGUCAGGGUCCGACACCUACCCCAGGGGCCCCGCCAAACUACCUCAAAGUCAAAGCAAAGGGGGCUAUUCCUCCAGCAGCCACCAGUACCCAUCUGGGUACCAAAAAGCCUCCCUAUACCACCACCCUUCCCUGCAGACCAGCUCGCAGUACAUCUCCACCGCCUCUUACCUGAGUUCUCUCAGCAUCUCAUCCAGCACCUACCCUCCUCCCAGCUGGGGCUCCUCCUCAGACCAGCAGCCCUCCAGGGUGUCCCACGAACAGUUUCGGGCUGCCCUGCAGCUGGUGGUCAGCCCAGGGGACCCCAGGGAGUACCUGGACAACUUUAUCAAAAUUGGGGAAGGGUCGACGGGCAUUGUGUGCAUCGCCACUGAGAAACACACAGGGAAACAAGUUGCGGUGAAGAAGAUGGACCUCCGGAAGCAACAAAGGCGAGAGCUGCUUUUUAACGAGGUUGUGAUUAUGCGGGAUUACCACCAUGACAAUGUGGUUGACAUGUACAACAGCUACCUUGUUGGUGAUGAGCUCUGGGUGGUCAUGGAGUUCCUAGAAGGUGGUGCCUUGACAGACAUCGUUACUCAUACCAGAAUGAAUGAAGAACAGAUAGCUACUGUCUGCCUGUCAGUUCUGAGAGCACUCUCCUACCUUCACAACCAGGGAGUGAUUCACAGGGACAUAAAGAGUGACUCCAUCCUGUUGACCAGUGAUGGCCGGAUAAAGUUAUCUGACUUUGGUUUCUGUGCUCAAGUGUCCAAAGAGGUGCCAAAGAGGAAAUCGCUGGUUGGCACUCCCUAUUGGAUGGCACCUGAGGUGAUCUCCAGGCUACCUUAUGGAACAGAGGUGGACAUCUGGUCCCUUGGGAUCAUGGUAAUAGAAAUGAUUGAUGGUGAGCCCCCCUACUUCAAUGAGCCACCCCUCCAGGCAAUGCGGAGGAUCCGGGACAGUUUACCUCCAAGAGUGAAGGACCUACACAAGGUGUCUUCAGUGCUCCGGGGAUUCCUAGAUCUGAUGUUAGUGAGGGAGCCCUCUCAAAGAGCCACAGCCCAGGAACUCCUUGGACAUCCAUUCCUAAAACUGGCAGGUCCACCAUCUUGCAUCGUUCCCCUCAUGAGACAAUACAGGCAUCACUGAGCAGAGAAUUCCUCCAGGUGACAAAGCUAGAUGAGGACAUGAGAAUAAUUCAGGAGAACAUGAAGAAACCACAGAACAUGCAAAAGGCCUGUGCAUUCCAGACCAGCUGAUUGGUGGGACAGUGUGAUGACCGGCAGGGUUUGACAGACCAGGGCAUCUUCUUGUGUCUUAAAUGGGCAUCUCUCCACUGACAGUUGGUGUGGUCAUUUGGAGCACAGCUUCACGAAGUCAUUAUUAUAUUUUUCAGCCCUUCAUCCAGCAAAUCAGAAGGACUCAGUACAAACUCCGUUAUGAUAUAUCCUAGCCACAUGCAGGGUAAUGCAUAGGAUUUUCUAUAUUGAAAGAAUACUUUUCUGGCAAAAAAAAUUAAAGAAAGGAAAACAAAAAGCACUUUUUUCUUAAUGGUAGCAGUGUAAUGUAUUUUGCAAUGAAUUUGUAAUUUUUCUGUACGAUAGUUUUGAUAAUUUAUAGUACUUUGAUGUCACGUAGCCAUUGUAUCGGUUGAAGUACUACUUGUUUACUAGCAGGAGUUUGAACAAAGCCUUUCCUACUUUUUUAUCCCUUUCAGAGAACCAAUGAUUCUUUAGGAACUUUGAAUACUGAAUGACUCUCAAUCACCGUCAGCUUUAGUCGAAUAUCUUUCUUAUCUUAAUAAGUGUCUUAUGUGAUGGAAGAAUUAAGAGUGAUGGUGAUGGUGUGCACAUUUCAUUUAUCCAACCAAAAAUAAUGAAAUAAAAUUUGAGCCACAGUAUACCACCAAACUACUCUUUGGGAUAAAGCUAAAUAUUUUGAAAAAUCACACUUUCCUUCAAGGCUUGUAGGAGCAAACCAUUUUUCACAAACCAGAAUGUUUCUCUUAGUACCCUCCCUCAAAUGGGUGUACCAUCUCUAUGUGGCCAAAUUUUCUUCCCAGGGAGUAAUUUCAGUGCUAGAAUCAUUGGACUCAGUUCCCCACAUUGAAUAUUUGAGUGAGACCACGAGAACUCCAGGCUCGCAAAUGGAGAGGGGGGUGAACAGGACAAGAUGUUUGGUUUCAGUCACCACUAUUUAUAAAACUCUGUAUGCUAGCACACCGAACACUUGUCUGUAUUUACCUAUGUCCCACAGAAUUCAUUGGUGUUGUUCACGUAUCAUGCGGGAAGUCUGAGCUGACUAGAGGAUGAAUUAGCAAGGGGGUGUUUUACCAGGUAUGAUCUGACUUCAAUUGUGACCAUGUUAUGAUGUGUUUCCGACAUAGGGGAGCUGUGCUGCUGUCUAGAUCUUUUUGAAUGUUGAUAAAAAUGAAUGACUACUACGAUACAUUUUGUGUUGCUUGUUGAAUGAAUUUGCAUGUUACCUGUAGGCCAAUAUAGAUUUGCCUUUAAAAUUCUGGAAGAGCUACAUAGUCAUCGUUAGUUUCUUUUAAUUAUGCAUCAGAAAAAAGCCAUUUGUUACCAAACUGGAAAACCAGAGGCUUUCCUAAUGACUUCGCAUACUGUAACAAACAUGAAUUUAAAUCUGUGAAAAUGCUCUGGUUGCUCUAAGCAUAAUUAAGAAUUUUGUAAUUAAUAGGUUGCUAAUUAUUUAUUAUAGCUAAAAGGGAAAAAGAAAAAAGGCAUAAAAUGACCUUCUACUGAUUAGAUUUCCAGUUUUCCCCCAAACUGGAAAUGCCUCACCAUAAAUAGAAUUUAUAAGUUUAUUUCCUAAAACAUAGAAAAAUCAGUGUUUUAUGUAAAAUAUUAAAGUAUUAUUAUAAAUAUGUAAGAAUGAAAAAAUCUAAUUCCAGAGAAUGGCAGUCCUGAAAGUUCAUGAAACAUUCACCAGGACUGCGUAGAAGUAGAAAGAAAAGAAAAAGAAACUCUUUUUUAAAACUGAAAUCAACAUUUAAAAAAUUGCAGAAUCUUUGGAUUCCAAACAUUUUUGACAGUGUAAUGGAAAUUUUUCUGUAAUUUUAUUAUCAUUGAACAUUUUUUGAAGUAUUCAUUGAAUUUACCAAAUGUUACUGUAGCUUAAAAGGGUUUUAUGAACACUAACUAUUGGCAGAAACUGCACUUGCAAAUAAAAAUAAAUGUUUGCCUUUUCCCCAUUGUGUUAUUGGAAA